UGCGACCAAGUUGGCCUUCCCUAGUUUCAGUAUUUUUCGCAGAAUUUAUUUGGUGCACAAGCACCGGUUGUCAAUAUAAUUAUAAUUAUAUUAAACCCCCCUAAAACAAGCAAAUCAACGGCAAUCGAACAUCCCAACGGGCUAAUAAUAAACGCCAGAGAGUGGCGCACAUCCGCCAAUUGCUCAACAUCAAUCGAGGAAAACACGGCGGAAAAAUGGAUCUGCUCGACUCAAUACUCAACGCCAUGGAUGCGCCGCCUGCCAACAACGAGCAACAGAAGACGCUGAUCAAGAAACAGCGGGAAAUGAUGGAGCGGAUGCAGAACAAACAGAAGGAGGAGCUCCUCCGCUUCCGAAAGUAUGUGGACGAACGGAUGGGACGAUUCGCCAAGGACGACAGGCGAUACAUCGAGUUCCAGCCGCUGGAUAAGGUGCAUCGCUCGGUGAUCCACGAAGUAGCCGAAAAUGGCGGUUUCAUUGCCAUGAGCUUUGGCCGCGAGGAUGUGGACCGUCAUUCGGUUGUGUACAAAAAGGAGCACGCUCCUGGCGAGGAUGAAGUCACGGCCCGUCGGAAUGGAGACGGCUGGAACGAGGAGAUAGCCAAGGAGUACGCGGAGCGACGGCGGGAACGAUUGGCGCAGGAGCAAAGUGACAAAGAAGCCUCCACGUCCGAAGCAGCAAGUUCCGCCUCGUCCACAUCCGCAGCCGCGGAUCAGGACUCCGGCGAAGUUAAGCCUACGACCAACUACAAGGCCAAGUAUGCCCACCUCAUCGGAGAGUCGGCCGCAUUGCAGGCGGCCCGUAAGACGGAGACCAACCAAAGCUACGGAUUCGUGCCCAGCAAGAACAAGAAGGAUGUGCGCUCCAUCGAACAAACGUUGGCCGACAUCCAGGCCAAAAAGCGUCUGCGAUUGGCUCAGCAGCAGGAGCUAGAGCAGGAGCAGCUUGCGCAAGAGGCAACCACAUCCACAGAGGACCCAUGAGUCGGCUGGGACCCAAUUAGUAUACAGAUAGCUCACUUAAUGCAAGACUGUCGGAACCCAAAAUGAUUAUACUUUGUAAGGGCAUCUAAGAAAACCAUAAAAAGAGAA